AUGUCUCAAUCUAUCUGCCAAUUCAUCUUCUUCCGGGUCAAGCCGUCGAUGAAACCCGAAGACCCGUCGAACGAGGAAGGCUAUACUUUCAUGGAGGUCCUUCGUACAGCCAAACAUCAAAGCGGCCAUCAAAGCUCCGCGUGGGGCCGCACACUCGAGGAUCCAAACACGAUCGUCUGGGUCGUAGACUGGACCGAUGCCCGCUGCUCAACUGAUACAAACCAAUUAUCUCCUUUCCUCGACCCAUCGAACCUCCAACCCCCAACUUCAUUCUACGUAACUCUAAGUCCACCGGUGAGCUGUACAGCUACCCUGACCAAAAACCCGGUAACAGAGCUCUUCACCCUCCCAGUUGCGGGUGAAAUCUCCGUGCCAGAAAGUCGACAGCUCAGCUUGGAUAUGAUCAAUUUUCGCAGAGCACUGGUCGAGCAGCUGCCACAGCAGGCUGGACCGAAGUCGUGGGCUAUGGGUCAUGUUGACCGGCCCAGUAAGUUGCCGCAUCCAAAAAGUCCUGAUGGAAAGGCUGUUGUGCACUUCUUUGCUGUUGGAUGGGAUAGUGUCGAUGCGCAUUUGAGAGCGAAGGAGACGGAGAACUUUGCCGAGGCUAUUCAGCCUCUGAGGGAGAAGAUGUUGUCUCCUAUUCCUGGGUUGGAGAUGAAACAUGUUAGUUUUCAGAUAAUUUAA